AUGUAUAACAGAAAUAAUCAGUUAGUCCAACUUGUUUAUGAAUUGAGUGAUUCUUUAUUUUUUGAUUAUGCACUGCGAUACAUUGAGCAUUUUGUCCAUGAAUUAUGGAAUCAAUAUGAAUUAGAACAUUCUAAAACAAACUAUCGUACAUAUAUUCAAGAUCAUUUGAUAUCAGUGCGCAAGGAUGAGUUAACGACAAAAACAUUGUUUAAUUGUCUAACCAGAUAUUAUCCACAAAUCAAAAAUAUUCCAAUGCCGACAACAAAAGAUAAACAGUGGAAAAGACAAGUAAUAAAACACAACGAACCGAUGCCGAUCUCGGUCUCUGAAGAGAUGUUAGAUCCUACCGUUCAAGACAUACCGUUAACAGCGAUGAACCAACAAGAAAUUUUAUUAGAUGUCGUUUGUACUAAACUUCCUUAUUUUUUUCAAAAUUAUGACAUAAUAUCGAAACUUGUAGAAGAGACAGCAUUCCAGACGAUUACGCCAAAAUCCAAGAUAAAAACAGCAUUUAAACCAACAUCUUCAUCUUUUAUGUCCCCAAAACGUUCUCUCAAUAAAAAAACUAAAAUACAACCAAAAUCAUUACAAGACAUUGAUACUGAUAUUGUACCGGUGACAUCAAAUGUAACAUCAUUGACAACUAGUUUAGUUAAUUGUAAAAUGAGGAAAAAUGUUAGCGAAGAAAGAGACAUGGUAAAAAAAGGAGAUGAAGCCACAUCAACAGCAGCCUUCAUAAAAUAUUUACCGAAAGGUGAAGAAUUAUCAUUAGAUGAAACAUUCUUGUGUGAUAUUCAUAAUAUGCCUGUGACAUCAAAACAAACGUUAAUUGAUUUAAGAAAUCAUAUACCUCGAAUUCAAGAGUUAUUAGCUAAUGCCGCUUUGAUUGAUAAUCAAGUUCGUGCUGUAGCACAAGCAAUAAAACAAGAAUCGAAUGUAUCAUCAACGUUUAUCGUGGGCGCUUCGAAAAGUACAUUACCAGAGAAGAAAUGUGUAUCAACUAGUACUGAUAAUUCUCCACUAAUAAAAUUCGUAACUAAAUCACAAACAGCAGUAAAAAGUAUUUUACGUGAGUCUCAAUCAAGUAAACCAGAUGUACAUUCAAACGAAGUUGUCCAACAAGUUUCUUAUCCAUCAACAAAAGUUGAUCAUUCAACUAAUCCUUUACCACAUCUGGUUCCCGGUCGUUCACCAUCUGGUAAGACACGCUAUCCGAAACCAGAAGAAUUAGAACAAAUAAUCAAAGAAGAAGAAGAAGAAGAAGAAAUAACAUCGUUAAUAAAACAUUCUUUCUCUGCUAAACAAUCACUGGCAAAAGAACUGUCGCCAGAAAAAAAAAGAAGAACGUCAGUAUCAAUUUCAUUGAAGGAACAGACUAGAAAUUAUCCUGUUAAAAAUGCAGUAGGUCUGCAUGUUUCAAACUCAUCAGCAUUAUCUGCCAUUCAACUCGUUAACGAAGUACUGAUGGCUGUGUGUGAAACGUAUCCAUCGUUAGUAAUAGCUGAUCAACAUCAACCAUUGACAAAACAACAACAACGAAAAUUUGAUUCCAUUUCGACUGUUUCAUCUGGUCACCUUUCUUCGAAAAAACAACAAUCUCAAGAUGAUAUUCAGUCAUCAACACAUCGAGCAGAUGUUUGUGCAGUAGUAUCAACUAAACAACAGUCAACUAUUCCUGAGGAUCCACAUGAAAUAUCUACAGAAAGUUGGCGUACACUAUUCAAUGAACUCUUUCAGUUGACUCCACAUCAUAUUCGUCAAGAAAUGUGUGCAUUAUUAUGUCACAAUUCAGUUAAAGGAGUCGGUUCACAAAUAGCAUUUUCAGACGAUGAGAAAGAAACUUUGACGAUAAAAAAUGCAAAAAUUAAAGAUUUAGAAAUCGGUGAACAGUCAUCAAGUAUAAUGAUGCUAUCGGAACAUGAUGAUAAUUCAUCGAUAUUAUUAUCGAUACUCGGUACAAUUGAUUAUAUUGUCAAUGGAUCGGGAACAAAACCAAAUAAAGAACAAAAAUCGGUGACAAUGAUGUCUGAAACUGGUAUUAGUUCAACAACAACAAUUGAAUUUCAAAAUCCAGCAAAUCAUCCUAUACGCUGUGAUCUAUCAUUAAAAGGUACCAAUAGUUCUCCAUCUAUUCAACAAUAUUUUCGUAUUUUAUUGGAUAAAUUUGAUAAUAUUACAAUUAAUUCACGUGAAAAAUUUCAUAUUCCAAUUGCUUUUUGUCCAGAAACUUUAUGUCGAUAUGAGGCAAAAUUAAUUGUAAAAGGACGUUUACCACCUGGUAGAACUUGGUCAAUAGAAAAUAGUGAUACAUCUGAACUUACAUGGUCUUAUCCAUUACAAGGUAUUGCCUACAAUUGGUUGGAUACGAAAAAUGAUCAACCCAUUACUAUUGAAUGUGUAUGUGGUCAACGUAUUGAACAACAAAUUGAAUUUGAUAUAGAUAAACAAAAUUUACAUAUUGAUGAACAAUUGUCUGAUAAAAAAGUGUCAACAGCCAUUGAAGAAUAUGUAAUAGAAGAUGAUAAUAUAUUAAAAAAUUGUGUGGGUGUACAACUUCUUAAACGUACUCAAGAUGAAAAUAGAAAAGUCGAUCAUUUAAUAUUCAAUAUUGUCUAUUCACCAUCAAAACAUAUAACUACUGAUGCUAAUCUAUCAUUAACAUUGGCAACGGGUGGAAUAUUAAAAUAUCCAUUACGCUUUGUUACAAUCGAUGCAUCACCUGAUGAUGAAAUUAUUUUAGAAGCAAGUGGACUUAAUAAAUCAUCAACAAUUGGAUUUCGUUUAUAUAGUCCAACAAGUUCACCGAUAUCAUUCAAUGCUUAUUUUACUCAAAACAGUGAUCAAUCGUUUACAAUUAGUCCAUCAUCCGGUGAAUUAUUACCAGUAGCAUCAAAUGGAACUUUAUUUAAAAUAUCAUUUUGUCCAUCUGUCUAUGGUCGUACUUAUAAUGCAACAUUAAUUAUAUCAGCUGAUGAAAUUGAAUGGAAAUAUACUGUAAAAGGUAUUCCAGUACCAGCCUAUGAUCCACCACGAACACAUUCAAGUUUACCAUCAGUUAAUGAUUAUAUUGAUGAUCGUCGACGACGAAAACAACGAAAUUUUAUAACAGAAAAUUUACAAUUAACAACAACAGCUGUUUCAUCACCAAUGAAAGGUGCCACAUUAUUAUCGAAAACAACGACAGCAACAAUGAUAUAG